UCUCACCAAAACACCCAGACAGACAGAGCGACACAUAUUCCCUCUCACCGCCCACUCUCCACUCCUCGCCUCGCGCACGCUCCCCGAGGCAGAGCGGAGCCAUCGACCUUGCACUUGCCUUCUUCGCCCCCACUGCUCGUCGAUCUUCUCACCCCGACCCCCUCCGUAUUCACCACCCUGGUAGUUAAAACGAGGGGCCUCAGACUCAUUCCAAGACCCACCCCCACACACCACACGAGUUAAAACCCCGGGCUGGAGUAGCUAGCUAGAAACCUUGUCCGACUCUUCGUCUCUCUCGAUCCGGCUAGACUAGAUCCCACUCUGUAGUUUGUACGGCGAGUGAGCAGGGCGAUGGAGCGGUGCGGGAGCUGGUCGGAUUGCGACGCGGCGGCGGCGCAGGCGGCCGCGCAGAAGGCGGUGCCGGCGCCGUUCCUGACGAAGACGUACCAGCUGGUUGACGACCCGGCCACCGACCACAUCGUCUCGUGGGGGGACGACCGGGUGUCCACCUUCGUCGUCUGGCGGCCGCCGGAGUUCGCGCGCGACAUCCUCCCCAACUACUUCAAGCACAACAACUUCUCCUCCUUCGUCCGCCAGCUCAACACCUACGGCUUCAGGAAGGUGGUGCCGGAGCGGUGGGAGUUCGCGAACGAGUUCUUCAGGAAAGGGGAGAAGCAGCUGCUCUGCGAGAUCCACCGCCGCAAGACGUCCGGCUCCACGACGUCGCCGUCGCCCCCGCCCUUCUUCGCGCCUCCGCACUUCCCGCUCUUCCACCACCCGGGCGUCUCGGUGGCCCAGCAUCACCACCAGCAGUUCGUGGGCGACGACGGGGUCAUUGCCGCGGCGGCGCACGGCAUGGGCGUUUUGCCCUUCAUGCAGCCGCAUUGGCAGCAGCGGGAGCAGAGCCAGAGCGCCGCGCCCGUCGCGACGCGGCUCCUGGCGCUGGGCCCGUCAUCAGAGGGCGGCAGCCGCGCGGCAAACAACGCGGCUGCGGCGGGGGCGCUCAUGGCCGAGAACGAGCGUCUGCGGCGGAGCAACGCGGCGCUGCUGCAGGAGCUGUCGCACAUGCGCAAGCUCUACAACGACAUCAUCUACUUCGUGCAGAACCACGUGCGCCCCGUGGCGCCCAGCCCGGCCGCGGCCACGUUCCUGCAGGGCCUCGGCCUGCAGGCGCCGGCGCGCAAGAAGCAGCCGGCCACGGCCGCCGCGGGGAACGGGCUCAACACGUCUGGCGGGAGCACGACGUCCAGCAGCUCGCUCACCAUCGCUGACGAGCUCUCGCCUCCGCCGCCACACCACCUCGCCGCGGAGAAGAGCGGCGGGGAAGGCGCCGGCAGCAGCAGCGCCGCUCGGUCGUCGGCUGCCGCGCCCACCAAGCUCUUCGGCGUGCACCUCAGCGCCACUCCCUUCGGCGCGGGGAGCAAGAGACCGCCUUCGCCGGAGGCGGAGCUGCCGUCCACACCCCCUGCCACGAAGCCUCGGCUGCUGCUCGAGUGCGACGACCUUAGUCUUAGCGUGGCGCAGCCUUGCGCCGCCACGUCGUCUCCAGCUAGAGCUAGUAGUUAGCCAGUCAGCAGUAGCAGCAGCAGCAGCAGUGUAGUUCAGCAUGCAUGCGCGGUGCUUGAUGCAACCGCGGACCGGCCCGCGACGAUCAUUUUGGUGUGUUCUAAUCCGACGUGUUCUGUUAAUUUCAUGUUAGACCCAGUUUGUUUCGACCGUUCCAGCACUACUAAAGUACUACAGGCA